AUGAAGUUCACCAGGUAUCUGGCGGCCGCAACCGCUGUAGCCGUUACGAAUGCUUCUCCGCACCCCGCAUACCGGCAACAGCAGUCGCUCGGAAGCUCGCUGCCACCAUCUCAAGGCAGCAUUGAAGAAUUCGAGCAAGCUCGCAUCGACAAAUUGAUCGCCAGUGACCCGCUACUUCAAUUCCACCGAGAUCUGGUCGAUAUCGAAUCUAUCUCCGGCAACGAGCACGAUGUGGGUAUCUUCGUUGCCGAGUUCCUCGAGGCCAAGAACUUCACCGUCGUCAAGCAGAAGGUUGCCCCUGUGAAAAAGAAGGAGAACGAGGAUGAUGAGGAGACCCCCAAAACUCGCUACAAUAUCUACGCCUAUCCUUCCUCUCUCCAAGAGUCCCCUUCAAUCCUGGUCUCGAGCCACAUCGACACAGUCCCACCCUUUAUCCCAUACUCGGCGCAUCAGCCCGAAUCCGCGAGUCUGCGAUCAAGCCCUGACGACCUGAUUCUCGCGGGUCGAGGCUCGGUCGAUGCAAAGGGUAGCGUUGCGGCGCAGGUCUUCGCCGUCCUGGAGACUCUAGAGUCAAACCCAGAUGCAAAGCUAGCGCUGCUCUUCGUCGUCGGCGAAGAAAUCGGCGGAGACGGCAUGAAGGCCUUUUCCGAAUCAGACCUGAACAAGGACAGCGCCUACCAUACCGUUAUCUUCGGCGAGCCAACUGAAGCCAAGCUCGUGUCCGGACACAAGGGAAUGCUAGGUUUCGAAGUUGUGGCUCACGGUAAAGCCGCGCACUCGGGGUACCCUUGGCUCGGUAAGAGCGCCGUCUCGGGCAUUCUGCCGGCAUUGAGCCGCGUGGAUCAGCUGGGUAAUAUCCCCGUUAGCGAGGGUGGAUUGCCUUCGUCGUCUAAGUAUGGCCCGACUACUUUGAACAUCGGUACGAUUCGUGCGGGUGUGGCAACGAACGUUGUCCCCGCCUCUGCGCGCGCGGAUGUCGCCGUUCGUCUGGCAGCUGGUACACCGAAAGAGGCGCGGGAGAUUAUUCGUCGAGCUGUGGAGGAUGCUACUCGCGACGUCGAGGCCGAGGUUGUGGUUGACUUUUCCACUCACAAUGAGUCAUACGCUCCUCAAGACCUGGACACUGAUGUGGAUGGUUUCGAGGUUAUGCCUGUUAACUAUGGCACGGACGUGCCUAACUUGAAGGUGCGCGAUGGUGUGAAGCGUUAUCUCUACGGACCUGGUAGCAUCUUUGUUGCUCAUGGCGAUAAUGAAGCUCUCACUGUGCGGGACGUUAAGGAUGCAGUUUCAGGCUUUAAGAAGUUGAUUGACGCUGCUUUGGAGCGGGAGUAA